ACCAGUAUUUGCAAGAGAUUAUAGACUGAUUGAUUCAAUUAUAAGCAUUUCAUAACAAUAUAAUAUAAGAUGGCUUCUGAAGGUUUAGAAAAAUUCACUGAAGUUCCAGUGGAAUUCUUUAAAGAUGGUUCUGCAUUUGUUAAGAAAUGUACAAAGCCAGAUUCUAAGGAAUACUUUAAGAUUAUCAGAGCUGUUGGUGUUGGUUUUAUUAUGAUGGGUGUUGUUGGUUAUGCUGUUAAGUUAGUUCAUAUCCCAAUCAGAUACUUGAUUGUUUAAACAUGUUUGAGAAAAUUUCCUUAAUAUUACAUUAUAAUCCUUCUGUUCAGGUAACUUCAUAUAAAACAUAAUAUAAUAAAUCAAAUCUUUUCCAUUUCAAUGGUCAAUACAAGCAAAUUUUUGUCCAUUCUGUCUGUUGUCAGGAAGGGACAUCGUGUAUCUAAUUCAUCCAAUAAUGGUUCAUUUCUAUGCUUAUGUCAUGUACUUUUUUUUAACUGUAGCUAUUAUUUAUAAUAAUACAAAUUCGAACGUUUAA